CGUAAUCAUAACAAAAAAUGCAAAUGGUCGCAACGCACGACGGAUCGUGAGCUGCUCUCGUCGCGUAAAAAAAAUCGAAACAAAGUGCUAUUUUUUCCGGUGGAAAGUGUCCCUCGCGUUGGUAAAUGUGGAAGUAUGUGUCCCGCCGAAUCCGCGAUGUGUGUGACAGAACCUACAACGUACUAGACGUCCGCCGGCCGUUCCAGCGCGGCGGAGAACGUUUUUGCGCAGAAAAUUUCCCCGACGAAGGAGCGGGGAAGGAUGUGGGAGCGGCGGGAGGUCAGGGAGAUGGCAAGGGCCCGUCCUACUGUAGCCUGCUGAAUGUGGUGGUUCCCCGGAAGCAGCUGGGGCAGCUGGCCGCCGGGAGAAACCCCGGUUCGGGUGGUUCCGAUGGCGGGGAGGGUUUCCGCCGGAAGGAUUACUGUCCGCCGCAGCACAGCUGGGUCGGGGCCAUUACCUGGACCAGUGCCAUCAUCUGCGGCUGGUACACGAGCCAGCUGAUCUGCCUGUACCGGCGGAACCACAACUGGGAGGGUCCCAAGUGCUUGCCGUUCUUAAUUUCGUCCGCGCACAACCUUCCGCGCAACUUCCCGCAUUGCUUCUUGAAGGAGGGACCAGCUGGCGGUCAUGAAGCGUCUGUUGAGCAAAAGUCCCAAGAAUCGGUUCAACAACAUGUGACCUUCUUCGGGGUCCCAGUUCCAACGGCCAAGCUCAGCCGGCUCGGGGAGUUUGACUUUGAGCGCUUCUCGGAGGUUCUCCAGGUUGUGAACCACGAGGAACAGUCGAAGGCGAAGACGGUCCAGUAUGGCGUGCAGGUGGCCGCCAACGGGCGGGAUGUUCCGACGGUGCCGGAGCCUCAGUCUCCCACCGUGGAGUCCGCUAUGGAGAACCUGGUGGCGGUCAUCGGCGAGAUUGAGUACCAGCUGGGCGUGCAGAACCUGGAGGUCGGGGACUACGCGACGGCCGUGUCGCACCUCAAGCUAGGCACCAGCCACCAGCAUGCCGGCGCGGCGUUCAACCUGGGAAUCUGCUUCGAGCAGGGCUUUGGCGUCAAGAAGAAUGCCCGCGUGGCCAUGGAGUGCUUCCACCUGGCGUCGACCCUCGGCCACCCGCAGGCCAUGUACAACCUGGGAGUUUACUACGCCCGCGGACUGGGCGGCCUUCGACGAAGCCGCUCGAUGGCGAAGAGGUACUUUACGGCGGCGGCCGAUCUCGGCCUGGAGGAGGCCAUCGCUGCGCUCGGACCGGCGUACAGAACCAGACGCGACUCGAUGGGUGCUUCAUCUUCUUCGUCAGUUGCUUCAACGCCGUCCGGUUUUGGCGUGCCGUUCGAGUUCAAGCUGAAUUAUGACGAGCUCGAGCAGUACGGGUUUGCUGGUGGGGAUGCCUUCGGUAAGGUCGUCGUUGAUACGCCGAUGGAGCAACAUCCCGAGCUGAGACUUGUUUCGGCGAUGGCUUAAAGUUAGAGUUGUUGAUUUCCCAACCUGGUGAGUUGGGAGAAAAAAACAAGUAUAUUAUAUUGAUUUCACUGACUUUUUUUAUUUUGCGGAAAUAUUUUGUAUUUUUCUUACUUCAAAUACGGAACACCUGGGCGGAGAAACUAGUGUUAUGCAUGAAAAUUGCAGGUGAAAGCCAUCAUUCUUUGAGAAUAUAUUGAUUAUCAACUGAAACUAGUAUUAAA